GAGGCGGGACGGGGUCGGGACGGGGAACAAGAUGGCGUCGCCCCAUUACCGAGGAGCGUCUGGAGGAGGGAGCCGGUGGGCCUUCGCCGUCGUCGGCCGCGAAUUCUAACUCGGAGCCGCCGCACGGGGGUCAGGAAGAGUAGGAGGAGGAGGAAGAGCGGCCGCAGGGUCCGGGGCGUAGCCGCCGGAGUGAGUACGCCUCAGCGCCGGCCUCUCCUUAUUCCCCGAGCGCCGCUGAGAUUCUCAAUGGCUUCUAAGAAGUCGGGGUCUGAUUUUCACGGGCCCUUCAGUUACCUUGACGAUGUUCCAUUCAAGAUAGGAGAAAAAUUCAGAAGACCAGCGAAAGUUGGCCUCCCCAUCGGUUUCUAUUUGCCAGACUCCCCACAACUGAUAAGGGAAGCCCAGUAUGACUUCUCUCUUGAAAGGAAGACGAUCGAGUGGGCUGAGAACAUUAAAAGGAUCCAAGCUGUCCAGCAGGAAAUGGAGCAGAAAGCCAGGGAGACCCUGGCCAAUGUGAAGGGGGCCUCGGAGGAAGACCUGCCCAGGGGUUGCCGCCUGGGGGCUGCCCUGCCUCUCCCCAUCAACCCCAUCCUGGCCGGCCUGCAUCACAACUCCAUCCUCACUCCCACCCCGGCCAACAGCAACGCUCUGAAGCAAAAAGUCUUGAGCCCCACACACACCAAGGCCGACUUCAACCCGGCGGACUUCGAGUGCGAAGAAGACCCCUUCGACAAUUUGGAGUUGAAGACCCUGGACGACAGGGAGGAACUGAAGAACAUCCUCCAGAUCCACGUUGACGCCACGGGGCCAUUCAUGGCCCAACUGCUCGACGGCGGCUUGCCCAAAGUGGCGCCUCCGUCGGUCCUGCAAGACCAGGAGGUCCUGGCCUCUUUGGAAAGGGCGGCUUUGGACCUCAAGCCCCUCCACAAACCCAACGGUCUCGUGGCCUUGCCCCAGCUGGGCGGGUGCGAGAAGGUGCCCCCCUCUUCCAAAGUGUCCCUCCCUCCUGUGACGUUGGUCAGCAACAUCAAGUCCCUCUCCUUCCCGAAGCUGGAUUUGGAUGAGAGCGACCUGCAGGCGGCAAGGCUGGUGAAUACCUACCGCGCACACAACGGCACUUUCUUGGGAGUUUUACCGGACAAAGCCAGUGAACUGAACGGACACCACGGGAUCGGGGCUCCCACCUUCGGCAUGGACCCCGGCCUAGACACGCGAACGUUAUCCUCCGUGUCCAGAGGUCCUUCCCAGCCCACCUCCGUAGCAUGUACGGAAGACAUUCCAGCUCUCACCACAGCCACAGCGGUAACUCACCAAAGUUUCCUGACCUCUCAAGUGCCCAAGACCACCAGCAGCUGUGCAAAAGGGCCCGGCAGCUUCUCCUAUGGGGACGUGCUGCAGGCCCCGUCCUCCAGCGAGCGGGAGUGUCUUGAAUUCCUCGUGGGCAUGGGCUACUCGUACGAAGAUGUCUUAAAAGCGAUGAAGAGGAAGGGGCAGAGCAUAGACCAGAUUCUGGAAUACCUGGUUGUCCGUGGGCAGCUCUGUGAGAAGGGCUUCGAUCCGCUCCUGGUAGAGGCUGCGCUUGAAAUGCACCAGUGCUCGGAAGAGAAGGCCACCCAGAUUCUCCAUCUCAUGAGCAAAUUUCAAGAAAUGGGCUUCGAGCUGAAAGACAUUAAGGAAGCUUUGCUAUUACACAACAAUGAUCAGAACGAUGCCCUGGAAGAUUUAAUGACCCGAGCAGGCGCCAGCUGAAAGGCGUGAGCGGGGGCAGCCCCUCGCUGCUUCUGGCCACCGGACACCCCCCCCCCCCCUGCCAUCACCAGCCGGGUCUACUCUGGUGCUGCGGGAAGGAGAAUGUCACGAGGAUCCUGUGUUCGCGAUACCGUCGCAGCUGAAAGAGCCGGUCCUUUGCUAUGCCCUCAGUCUGAUCAGCUGUGCCCACCCACCCAAAAAAGAGUUUCAUCAAUUAAAGGUUUAAGUGUCCUUCCCCCCCCCACGUUUGUUUCUUUGGGUAGGCCAGAGACUCCAGACUGAGUUGUGCAGACAAGUGUCAGGCUAGGUUCCCCCCCCCCCCCCGGCCUCCCAAUUCACCCCACCCCAAUUCCAUCCCUGACAGCCCCUCCUACCCCUUUCCCGGAUCCUUUGUACUGGACUCAAAGAAGCGUCAACCCGACUCUCGACUGUGAACUCCUACGCUCCGACUUCCUUACAACCGCUUUCAUUUGUGUGCCUGCUCGUACCGCAAAUGUUUCGAGAGAGACUUUUUAAAAAAAAAAUCAGUUUGAUAGAAGUGCAAUGGAAGAAGUCAGUUUUACUCAAGGCGGGGAGGGUUGAAAGGAGGAACUUAGUAAAUUUAGUGCAACACUGGUUCACUAACGGCCAUCGCGCCUCCCGGAGAAUCCGUACGGCUUUUUCCGGCGCUUGUGAAUUUCCACCAGUUCUCCCCCCCCCCCCCAAAAAACACCCCCAAGAUAAUAAGCUGUGAAAUCUUUUGCCCCUUGGCUCUUCCGUCUAUCUGUCCCCGGAGGUUUUGGAUCUGUCCCGCCCGAGCUGAUCAUUGUUCUCCUAUUUAAGCCACGUCCUUCUUCAGAAAUGACGUGACAAGUCAGUUUUUAACAUAACCAGGUUGGGAGAUCUCUUUUUCUAGCACUUUCUUUAUAAUAUUCACCUCGUUGGUUCCGUUUCGUUUUUCUUUUCUUCACACUGUUAUUAUAAUUAUUAAUUAUUAGUCAUAGGAAUCAGCCUUUUGGGUUUUGAUAGCGAAAAAGUAUUACGUUGUACCUGUUUAAAGAUUUAAAUUCAUAAAAAGAAAUAUAUAAGCGGUCUUGAUGCUCGAAGUAAUUUGCUAUUUUGGCUCUGCAGAAAGAUACUAAUAAAAUCCUAAAAUGUG